AUGUCAAACGAAAGUACUGAAUAUUUCAGUAUUUUGACAAGUAAGAGACCCUAUGAGUCUACUGAAGCUAUUAGAAUUAGAUUAUCUCAAGCUAAAUUGAUCAAUAAGGAUUUCUAUCAAUUGUUCAAGGAUGUCUCUGACUUAAAGAAAAAUUAUGUCAAUCAACUAAGUAAGAUAAUUGCCAAGAACGAUAAUCUUGAAAAAGUUUUAUCUUCUCAGAUGAUUUCUAAUGGUGUCUUGACACCUGAGGAGAUGGAACAAUUCAACUUCAAUUCUUUGGGUGAUUUGCAACCUGUUUGGACGGCAUUAAUGGAUGAAUUCAAGAGAGAAUUAAGAUUAUCUAAGGAUAUGCAAGCUAGUGUUGACGCCAGAGUCAUUAAACAUUUGAAGGACUCCAUUGAGAAUAAUAGUAAUUGGGAAGAAACUAAAAGAAUUCAUUCGCAUUUGACUCAAGUAGCAGCCUCAAUCGAACAAUCUAAUGGUGAUAAUGGUAGAUUGACACAAGCUCAAUCAGAAUGGGAAACUGGAUCUCCACAAUUAGUGGAAUUGUUUGAAACUCUGGAUAAAAGAAGAUUACAAGCAAUUAAGGACUCUCUAUUGACUUAUCAGACAAGUUACAGUGAUUAUCUUACACAAGCAACCUCUCAAAGUGAAAGGUCAAUGCAAAAGAUUUUAGAAUUUGAACCAACUAAUGAAAUUCAUCGUUUUGUAACCGAUGCUAACAAUUAUAACUUUCAAUUAGUUAAUACUUCUAACUCCACUACGCAAAAACAAUUACAAAAUGACAUUCCUCAAAAUGAAGAAGUUAAACAUAAUAAAGAGAAAAGAAAGAGUACAUUCGGUAACAUUGGUCAACGUUUCACUUCUUCUUCAUCCACAAUUUUACAUCAUGAUUUAAUGAACGAUGAAUUCUCAAAUUCAACAAAUAAUGUCUCUUUGAAGAAUAAAAAAUCUUCAAAUACAUUAAGAUCAAAAGUGGGUUCUAUCUUUGGUUUGAAAAAUAGAAAAUCUUCUCAUUUUGGUAAGCAUAAUUCACCUGUACCAGAGACUCCUGCUCUUCCAACUCAACAACAGCAACAGAAGCAACAAGCAACAAAUAAACCUGUUGCAGUUUCUCCAGAUCGUCCAAGAUCUGAUUUCAGACAAAGAGGCUCACAAAACUCUUAUAGUAGACCAAGAAAGGAAAGUACUGUCUCCGAAGUGUCAAACCAAACUUCUGAGGCUGCCCAGAUUAAUUCAAACAGGUACAAUAACAACAAUAAUAAUAAUGUCAAUGAGUACGUUCCGGCAAAUAAUAAUUCUGCUCCUAUUUCCGUUGCUCAAGCUCCACUUCAACCGGUUCAAAAGUCAAGACAGUAUUCAAGCAAUGCAGAACAGAAACCUUUACCUGCUGAACCACAAUUUCAAGUACAAGGGCAAUACAUUAAUAAUGAUUCAAUGGUAACAAAUGAAGCCAGUAGACCAAUCCAUAUCCAAGCGCCUGUUUUGCCUCCAUCAAGAAAACAAACGAUAUCUAGAGAUAAUGACGUAUUCAAUGACAACCAAAACACUAUAACCACAAUUCCAGAACAACCUGUUACCCAAACAAAUCAACCGGCUCAACGUACUAUGUCAAUGUUACCUACCCAGAUUACUGGUGAAUUGAAGGAAUUAAAUCCACAAUCUACAGGUACUUCAAAUGUUAUACGUGGUCAAUCUUUGUUCCAGCAUGAUCCAACUGAUACAUCUAUUUCGUUUGGUUUGAAUGCAAGUGUCGCAGAGGUCCUCAAUGCUACAUUUAAAGAAGGUAUAAUUCAACAAUCGCAACUAAUUGGUGAGAUUGCCUUAAAUUAUAUUCCAAACACAGUCAUGAAUACUCCACUACCAAUUGGAAUUAACCUAAAGAUCAGCAACAGUAGUAAAUUUGAUAGCAUUAUACUAAACCAAGCUUUUGUCGAACAGGUUGAAAAUGAAGUCUUCAAAUUGAACCCUCAAUUCAUCGAUUCUAGAAUAUUAGGUGCUAUUAAGUACUCUAUUAAAGAACCUUUAGCUCCUGUCGUGAUCCAACCUGCUUGGAAAUUUGAAGAAAACCAGGCAAGUGUUGUUCUAACUGUUAAGAUGGCAUCUUUCUUACCGGAGCGUAUUCAACAAAUAGUUUUAAAUGAUGUUUCUGUCUUUGUUCCAAUUGAUGGUGCAAAUGCUACAAGCGCUCUCUCUAAACCACAAGGUUCCUUCAGUAAAGAAAAGAGAAGAAUUACAUGGAGAUUCAAGGAACCACUAGUUUUAACCAGAAAUGGUGAGGGGAAGAGAUUAAUAGCCAGAUUUAUUACUGAUCGUAUGGCAAAGGAGUCAGAAAAGGGUAUUUCCAUCAAAUUUGCUAUUCGUAAACAACAGGAUGUUGAUGCUAGUGAUAUAAGUUUGGUAAGUGGAUUAUCAUUAACUGCGCAAGAAUUUGAUGAGAAUGAUCCGUUUGGCGGUGAAUGGAACCCUGUACAUAGUUCAACAACCUUAAGUGCUGGUAAUUAUAGUGGGUUAUCAUAA